AUGGAGCUCACCUGGCUGGCUAAUACUCCCCAGUCGCGGAGUAGGACACGCGCUCCGCGAGCCUGUCCCGCAUGCCAGCGGCGAAAGAAACGGUGUCGACAUCUUACUCUCGGCAUAGAACCCACAGAGGAAGAAGCAGCUGAACCGCCGCGCAAAAUCAGAGCGCAGGCAUCGAACGCCGCUGGUGACGAUUUCGAGCGACGUCCUCGAAGGAGGACCGCUUCUGCAGAUCCAGUGCUACCGUCCCACUCCUUCCACAGUACAGAACGGUUUGUGGGUGACUUAAACCCAGAGGCUGUUAUUCGAGAAAGACUCGACGCGCCCACUGACAGUCCCCUUCGGGAUCGGAUUGGUUUAUGGAUCAAUUCUUCCACCGCCGUGACGCAAAAUGACAAUGUCGAGCCCGACAGAAGUCAACCCACUGGUGCAGACGCGAUUUCUCUCUCGGCUUUGCCUCAACCACCAACAGGGGCCCUUGAGAGUCAAACGAUUAGCUCGAUCCUGCACCAAAGAUAUGUAUCUGCAAUGCAAGCUUGCCACGCGCUGCCCAAAUCGACCCGAAGGAAACUCACCACAAUAUUCAUCGAGAAAAUCCACCCUCUCGUUCCCGUGCUAGACAUCGAAGAGUUAAAGGAAGCUCAGACAAAUGCAUCCGCAUCUACAUUCCUAGAUCGAGCCAUUUGUCUCGUCGCAGCCAAAUCCCCCGCCGCCAGCCCCGAUCUCCGUCUAGUGGAAGACGGCCCAAAUUUAUCCUCCCGUCAAUUCUGCUCAGAGGUCUACAAGGGCCUCGUCACAGCGAUGGAGGCAGCACUGGAACCAGAUCGAUUGACACGGAUCCGCAUAUGGGCCUUGAUGUCUUUACACUGCGAAGGACACGAAGGAGCCGAGGCCGCAUCUCUGCACCUGUGCCAGGCAAUCCACCAGGCCCAAACGGUAGGUUUACAUCUUGACCGGCCGGGCCGAACACCUGCAGACCCCCUCCCGAGACUAUUUUGGUGUCUGUGGACGUUGGAUAAGAUGCAUGCGAGUAUUGGGGGUCGUCCAGUUCUAUUAGCUGACCGCGAUAUCGGGGUCGCCAAACCGGAUUCACGGAUCGCAGAGACGAGGGGCGCAUUUGCGGUCUGGCUGGCUGUUUCGGAGUUACUCGCGACCGUUAUAUCAUUCUACCGACCCUCCGCGGGUGUCACGAGUGGGUGGGAGGAAGGAUUUCCUGCCUUUGAAGAUAUUGUGGAGGAGCAUACGAAUGGAGAUGUGGACUUUGCUACUCUUGGCUUACUAGAACUAUAUUACCACUGCGUCGCCAUUCUAUCCUGUCGCUACAAAUUAACCGAAAGCCUUGAUGGAACACGAAUAUCAUCAAUUCGACAAGGACUAGCAGCCGUCCGAAUCUACUCCAUAGUCGCAGUCGAAUGCGACAAUCAACUCCCACCUCAUCCGAUCGUGCCAUACGCCAUUUCCCUCUCUAUGGGUGUUUCAUAUCGACAGCUUCGCUCAAGCAAAUUGAUUACCCACUUCAAUCGAGCCAAGGCUAGUCUCGAGGCAUGUUGCUCUCUAUUGGAAAAGAUUAGCCCUCAAUGGUAUUCUGCAGAGGCCAUGGCGCGAUUGGGGCGAAAAGCCUUGCACCAAAUGGACUUGAACCCUGAGCACCGUCGACAGCCCCAGCCCCAACCCCAACCCCAGCCCCAAGCUGCAGAAGCACCGUUGCCGCGCCUGUCUACAGUCCGUGCCGCCCCCGCGCAGGAGCAGGAGCAGGAGCUAGAGCUAGAGUCAGAGCCGCCCGGGCUCGGACUACCCACAAACACGAAUUCAGCUGCAUUGGCCUUGGCCCCAGGGACGAUCGAUAUGGUAUCGGGAAUGCCAUCUACGGCCCCUGAGUGCGAAGGCCCAGGCGCACUGAAAACACCGUUAGAGAAUGUGAGUGCGAGUGCGAGUGCGCUCCCAUUGGUGCAAGACUUUGACGCUGAAGCCCCGACGCAUGGGUUUGCGGACAUCGACAUGCUCUUUGGUGAGUUCUUGGAUCUCUCGCUCCCGACGAACUUCUGGGACCCCGUUUUCGCGGAGGAGGGCCAGGGCCAGGGCCAGGACCAGCAGCACGGUACCUAG